CAUCGUCAAAAAACUGACAUUUAUUUAAAAUACAACAGUAGUUUUAGCUCUAUGGCACUGGCUCGUUCUAACUUCUAAGAAACAUGGGCUGUGUAGAUGGUAAAUAUGAAACAAUUUAAGUGAUGUCUAAACAAAGAAUGAAUCGAUAUAUAACUCUUCAUCAGCUUGGAGAUGGAACUUACGGCUCGGUUGUCCUCGGGCAACGUAAGGAUACAGGAGAGAAGGUAGCUAUUAAAAGGAUGAAACGAAAAUAUUACUCAUGGGAUGAAGCAAUGAAUUUAAGAGAAGUGAAGUCUCUAAAAAAAUUACACCAUUCCAAUGUUGUGAAACUCAAAGAAGUUAUUAGAGAGAAUGAUAUUUUAUACUUCGUUUUCGAAUAUAUGCAAGAAAAUUUAUAUCAGUUAAUCAAAGAUCGUCGUGUGCCAUUACCAGAAGCUACCAUAAGGAAUAUGCUGUAUCAAAUUUUACAAGGAUUAGCAUUUAUACAUAGGCAUGGUUUUUUCCACCGAGAUUUAAAACCUGAAAACAUUCUCUGUUCUGGACCCGAUCUCAUAAAAAUCGCUGAUUUUGGUUUAGUUAGAGAAAUUCGUUCUCGUCCUCCAUACACAGAUUACGUGUCUACGAGAUGGUAUCGAGCACCUGAAGUAUUGCUUCAUUCUACAACUUAUAGUAGUCCAAUAGAUCUUUGGGCAGUUGGAUGUAUAGCUGCUGAAAUCUAUACAUAUCGACCAUUAUUCCCUGGGACCACCGAAACUGAUCAGCUUUACAAAAUAUGUGCCAUUCUUGGAACACCUGAUAAGAAACAAUGGCCUGAAUGUUACCAAUUGGCUGGAGCUGUAGGAUUUAAAUUUCCAUAUUUCAAGAAAACACCUCUUGAAGAUGUCGUACCUCAAGCUAAUGCAGCAGCAGUAGACUUAAUGGAAAUACUUUUAAGUUGGAAUCCCGCUUUAAGACCGACGGCUCAAUCAGCUUUAAAACAUCAGUACUUUCAGGUUGGUCAGCAAUAUAAUGCACAUUCAGGAAUUCGUCAUAACCAAAAUAACCAGUCACAAAUACAUCAGAAUGGAGUAUAUCAACAAACCCAGCCACUCAUUAAUAGUGAUGUAAUUUAUCCAACCAAGCAAAUACAGAUUCAACCCAGUGCUCGCAGUACGCGAAAUCAGUAUAACCACCAAAUAAUACCACCAUCUCUACAACCAUCUGUUCAAAUUAACAUUCAGUCUUUAAUAAAACCUAUGCAACAACCUGAAAAACCACAAAAUCCUCCAAUUGUAUAUAGCUUUGGACAACCUGAUUUUACGAAUAAGUAUUUUUCUGGGAAUAACGAAUCUAAUAACAAUAAACCAAUGGCAAAUAAAAAAAUCACAUGGGGCAUGGAUGAUACAUUUGAUUACAAAGAAGACGACUUUGCAGAUAUUUUAGGAAGCAAAAUUAAAACUAACCCUACUGAUACAUCAAAAGAAAAUAAAAUUAACUUAAGUCAGUACAACUUGCAAGAUAUUUUGGAGCCACUAGCCAAAGCAAGUGCUGGAACUGCUAGAAGCCAGUACCUUAGCGUAUCACGAUACGUCGCAGGACAGCCUUCUGGUGUAAGAAGAGAUUCAAGUAUUUUGUCAUCAUUUUCAACGAAUAGAAAAGACAGUGGAUUAUUUAAUAGCCGAUCUAGUAAAGUUGAAUUACCUCCAAUUUGGAACAAUCCCCUCAGUAAUGUAAAUUCUGGAAAGCAAAGACCGAUAGAAAAUUUAAAUAAUUUAGACAGUGAAAAUUCAUCCCACUGUCGUUUAGUACAAGCAGUUAGUGAAAUAUUACAUCAUAUGGAAAUCUUAUGUGCCUGAUAAUAUGUAUAAAACUGUAUUACAAAAAUUAAUUAUUUAAUAAAAUAAAAAUGUUAU